AUGACUUUUACAUCGGACGAUAGCCAAGGUGACGGAGCUAGGACCAAUACAGCUAUCCUUUUAGUUGUUGGGACCGGAGGAUUUACGCACGCGGCGCCUGUCCUUGAGCUGGGUCGCAUCUUGUCGGCUCGUGGUCAUCGCGUGGCUUUAGCAACUCACCAAGGUCAGGAAAAGUGGAUCGAGGGCACUUCGUUCGGCUUCUUGUCCGGUGUCUACACUAUGGGGCCGCCUAUGGAUGCUGAAACUGAGUCUGCUCAUUAUCUCCAGAUGCAGAAUUCCGACAUCAGGAAGAACUACCGUGAUUAUUUCCGCCCGAAAUUCAACGUGGAUGCUUUCUGGGCCUCGGACUAUUCCUUUCUCAAGGAUAUUUGCAAAGACUUCAAACCUGAUGUGAUAGUGGCUGACUUCUUCGUCGAUUCUGCUGUCCGGGAUAUCAAGCACCAGACCGGAAUCCCAAUUGCUACCGUUUGGCCUCAAAUGCCGUACGCUAUGGUUGGCGCUUCGUACAUCCCAGGGCUUCCAGGAUUUCAGGUCGACGCGCUAACAAGCGAGCAUGCUUCUGUUUGGACGAGGAUACGCGCCGCUUGCCGACCCCUACGAGCACUGUCAGCCGUCAUUCCAUAUCUUAGGUUCGUACGAGAAAUGCGGCGGAAAGCUGGUGUCAACUACACCUUGCCAAUCCUGAAGAAGCCUGACUAUCUUGUGCUUGUUAAUUCUUUUUGGGGCCUUGAAACCCCAAAAGACCUACCCCCACUUGUUGCUCCUAUUGGGCCUAUUCUACCCGAAGAAUUCGAGCCCCUCAAUGGCCCUCUUGAGGCGUUCUUCGCAGAUCAUCGUCGUGUGAUGUACGUUUCUUUCGGGACCCAUAUCCAAGUAGCCCCACACGAUAUCGAGAAAUUUGUCGCAGCAUUCUCAGAACUCCUCAAGGAGGGACUCAUCGACGGCAUCAUCUGGGCAGCCAAUGACGUCCAAUGCAAACUCUUCGUUCGUGAUCAGACCCUGCGUUACGGGAAGUCCAAGAUAGGAGAUAUUCUCGAUAAUCGCCAUCCUUCAUGGUUCUUUACACCUUUUGCGCCUCAGCGGGCCGUCCUGGCCCGCAAUGAAACCGUCCUAUUCGUGACGCAUGGGGGUGGUAGCAGCGUGAACGAGGCUACAUUCCACGAAACCCCCAUGUUAAGCGUAGGGUUCUUCUUCGACCAACUACUGAAUGGAUUACGUAUUCAAGAAGCAGGGGUAGGCCUGGCGCUUGACAAGGCAGAUUUCUCCGAAAAUGAGAUCUUGGAGAAGUCGCGUGUUUUGCUGCAAGAUGAGAAUGGUACGAUCGCGCAGGAUGUGCGCCGCAUGGGCCACAUCGCUCAAAUCUCGGGUCGGAAGAAGGAAUUCGGAGCCGAUUUGAUUGAGGAAGUGCUCUAUGACCACCUCUUCAGCUUAGCUGAUGAAAGUGGUCACAGGCGUCGACCGAUGCAUCUGCAGACUGCCGAUGCGAGGAUGUCUGCGUGGAAGGCCCAGAACUGGGAUUUGACAAGUCUCGCAAUAGCUUCGACCGCAGUUGUGGGAUACCUAAGCUGGAAGAUGGUCGGCAUGCUUCGCACACGAGCUUAA